AUGCUCUCAAUAUUGGUCACCGUGGGCUUUCUCUGCACAGCCACUGCCAUUGCUGAAGUAAUGGAAGUGACUCAGCCAGCAAUGGUGCUGGCCAACAGGCAAGGAGUCGCCAGCUUGGUGUGUAAAUACAAGCACAUUGGGAAUGCAAAGGAAAUUCGAGUGACUCUGCUUAAACAGACGGGUGACCGGUUCACUGAAAUUUGUGCUUCAACCUACACAACGGAGUUUAAAAUGUUCAGUGUGGAAGAGGUCAUUCAGUGCCAUGUUAGCCCUAGCAGAAACAAGGUGACCCUCACCCUCACUGGCUUGCAAGCUAACGAUACUGGUCUUUACAUCUGCAAGAUGGAGCGGAUGUACCCUCCACCCUAUUUUAUGAACAAGGGAAAUGGGACGCAUCUCUAUGUCAUUGAUCCAGAACCUUGUCCAGACACUGCCAUAUAUCUCUGGGUAUUAGGAGCUACUGCCUCAGGAUUUUUUCUUUACAGUACCAUCAUCUCAGCCUUUCUCGUGGGCAAAGCGAUAAAGAGAAGACGAUGUCUCACUACUGGGGUCUAUGUGAAAAUGCCUUCUGAAAAGCUAGAGAAAAAAGUGAUUCCAUUCCACAUCACUGUUAACUGA